CAAAACCUAAAAAUUCAGAGCAUCUGGAAAGAGACAACAAGAAAAAAGAACGACGAAAGAAAGAUUGGAAAGAGAAAAGUCUCUGCAAAUGGGAUUGUUGACUCUCUUUCCCUCAACCUCCUUAUGUAAUCGUAAUCCAUGGCGUAUUCAUCCAACACCUAGCAAAACAAACCCACCAACAACGCCUCCAUUUAUUAACAUUUUGACUUUUUGCUCACCUCAUUUUCCCCUUUUUAUUAACACAUUUCAACAAGCUUUUGUAAAACCCAAUUGGGAAGAUUCGUCUCAGAGAAAUUCAAGAUUUUUUCAUUCAAAUCAUGGGAAAUUGUUGCAUCACCUCAAGGGCGAAUUUGGAACAACAUAUUUAUGUACGGAUGUGGAAACGGGUGAAAAAUUCGCGUGCAAAUCGAUAUCAAAAAAGAAGCUUAAAACAUCGAUAGAUAUUGAGGAUGUGAAAAGGGAAGUUGAGAUAAUGAAGAAAUUGCCAAAACAUUCGAAUAUUGUGACAUUAAAAGACACUUAUGAAGAUGAUAAUGCAGUUCAUAUAGUUAUGGAAUUGUGUGAAGGUGGAGAAUUAUUUGAUAGGAUUGUGGCAAGAGGACAUUAUACUGAAAGAGCUGCAGCUGCUAUUAUGAGAACAAUUGUGGAAGUUGUUCAGAUAUGUCACAUGCAUGGAGUCAUGCAUCGAGAUCUUAAACCAGAGAAUUUUCUUUUUGCAAAUAAGAAAGAAACUGCUGCUCUAAAAACCAUUGAUUUUGGGCUAUCGAUCUUCUUUAAACCAGGUGAAGUUUUUAAAGAGAUAGUUGGAAGUCCAUGGUAUAUGGCUCCAGAAGUUCUAAAACGAAAUUAUGGCCCUGAGGUUGAUGUAUGGAGUGCAGGGGUAAUUUUGUACAUUUUGCUUUGUGGUGUUCCUCCUUUUUGGGCAGAAACCGAACAAGGAGUAGCUGAAGCAAUUAUUAAAUCAGUAAUUGAUUUCAAGAGAGAUCCAUGGCCUAAAGUUUCUGAAAAUGCCAAAGAUCUUGUCAAGAAAAUGCUUAAUCCUGAUCCAAAGCUUCGCCUUACAGCUCAACAAGUUCUUGAACACCCAUGGUUAUUCAAUGCAAAAUCGGCUCCAAAUGUCUCAUUGGGAGAGGUUGUGAGGUCAAGGCUUAAACAGUUUUCAGUGAUGAACAAGCUCAAGAAACGAGCUUUGAGAGUGAUAGCCGAACAUUUAUCGGUUGUUGAAGUGGCUGACAUAAAGGAGACAUUUGAUAUGAUGGAUACUGGAAAGAAAGGAAAGAUAAAUCUUGAAGAACUUAGAAAUGGUUUAUUCAAACUUGGUCAACUAAUGAAUGAUGAAGAUCUUCAAAUAUUAAUGGAAUCCGUUGAUGUUGAUGGAGAUGGAGCCCUAAAUUAUGGAAGAUUUGAAGAAUUGCGUCAUGCAUUGAGUGAUGAUGAAAAUGUUCAAGAUACUGAAGGAGUAAUCAAUGCAAUAAUGCAUGAUGUUGACACUGAUAAGGAUGGACGCAUCAGUUAUGAUGAGUUUGCUGCUAUGAUGAAAGCUGGAACAGACUGGAGGAAAGCCUCAAGGCAAUAUUCAAGAGAACGUUUUAAUAAUCUUAGUUUGAAGUUGGUAAAAGAUGGUUCAUUACAAUUAGCUAAUGAGUGAGAAGAUGAAUAAAUAAAAUGGUAACAUUUAUCUAACAAAAAGAAGCUAAUUUUACACGAAUGCAAAACUUCAAUAGAGAUUUUGCAUUUGAGCAACUCGAGGAAAUACAAAUCCGCAUACAAAGACCUUUUGUGAUUUAACAAAGGCGUGAAGUUUUGGUGAAUUGGAGUAUAUGUUAAGGGUAUCUACCAUGACGAUAACUUCAUUGAUGUGUAUAGGAGAUCUUGAUUGAUUUGAGAUUAUGGUUGAUAUGUAUUUUUUAUAUCUGCACAGUUUGGUCCACCUCUUCUUCUG